AAACUUUCAACCGUUGUUGGGGCAAAAUUUUGAAACUCUGCAGAGAUGUUGUACGGUCAUCCACAUCUCGAACCAGCGCAGGAAGAAGAUAUUCCUCCAAAAUCAUGCUCCCAUGGCCACCGAUCAUCGCUCUGCCUCCAUACGCAGGAAGGAGGAACCAUUUGCCUUCUCUGCUUCUCCAAUCUCAUCUCCGAUCCCCUCUCGCCCACAGUUCACGUCUCCUACGCCCUCUCCCAGUUCUCCCAGGCUCUUUCUCAGCCCCCAUUCCUCCAGACCUUCCUCACUUUCCAUUCUCACUGCAUUGUCGCCCCCUUCGUCGCCGCACUCUGCUCCUUCGACGAUGACGCCAUUGCUCGCCAAGUCACUGAUCUUGUUCGUCACCUCUGUGAUAUUACUGAAGUUGACGGUGACGGAUCUCUUUGCGACGACUUUAUCGCCAGAGUUUCGGAUCGGCUUUCUUCUGGCGCGUUGGCUUGGAGCCGCCGUCAGGUGUAUAUGCUUCAUUGUUAUGGAAUGCUUUUAAACUAUCGGACAACAAAUUUCCAUGGCCAAAUUAAGAACAACGAUGGCAUUGUGUCAAAUCUCGUGGUAGGCCUUGAAUUACCAAGCGAGGAGAUACGGGGAGAGAUCCUCUUUGUUCUAUAUAAAUUGUCCACAAUUCAAUAUGCAUCUAACCAUAGCACUGAAAAUGAUCUCUCUGCAUUUUGCCCAAAACUUCUGUUCCUAUCUCUGGAGGCGCUCAUGAAGACUCAGAAUGAUGAUGUCCGAUUGAACUGUGUAGCACUUCUAACUGUUCUGGCUCAAAGAGGGCUUUUGGGGAGUGAACAUGAAUACUAUUCAAAGUUUAACGAGAAGGAACCAGAUGAACUCUCUUUGAAUAUUUUGUUUGCUGAGGCUAUCAAAGGUCCUCUGCUUUCGUCAGACAAAGAUCUCCAACUUAACACUCUGGAGCUAAUAAUUUGUUAUUUGUCCUCAGAGGGCACUUCCAUCAAGCCAAUCCAACUAUUGGUUGAAGAAAAUAUAGUGGAUUACGUAUUUGAGAUAUUACGAUUUUCAGGUAAGGAUCCCUUAACAAGGGCUUGCCUUCAGGCCCUUGAUCUUCUUUCAAGAGCUGAAUUGCCUUUCAAUCAAAGGCUUGCGGUUGGAUUUGCAACACUAAUUCCAGUGUUGCGUCAUGUUGCUGAAGUUCCUUUCCAUCCAGUUCACAGCCAAACACUUGGUCUCAUUUUGAAAUGCAUUUCUCAGUGUCCUGGAGUAGUGACUGUAUCUCACAUUGAAGAACUAGUUCUUAUUUUGACGAGUAUGCUCCGUAAGAAUGUGACUUGGGAGAUGAGCAUACAUCCAGACACAUUUGCAACAACAUGUGCAAUCCUGGUAACGAUUAUGAAGUCUCCAUCUCAUAGGGUGCCACAUCUAGCAACAUCAAUUCAAGAAGUAUUAGAACAUGUAGUUUUAUUUCGUCUUAGUACAUUCGAAACACAACCAGGUCAACUUUUACAUUCUUUAUACCUUCUCAAGGAGUUCUAUAUAUAUAGUCAAGUCAAUACUGUCAUGGAUGACUUUGUCACCAAAGAAAUGAAAAAUUGUGCUCUUGAUGUAUGUACAACACUACCUUGGCUUUUAGCAACUAUCAAUGUAGUUGAAGAGGAACUUGUCUUGGGGGUAUUGGAAACUUUUCAUUCGAUUUUGCUCCAACAUCCUGACAUCAGGACCAUAGAUUUUGCAAACACACUUCUAUCUGCUUGUUGAUUGAGUUUCUCUUUUAGAUGUCUAGGCUCAUUUCCUUCUGAAAAGAUGAAAUGGAGAGUGUAUCUAAUGCUUAGUUCUCUGGUGGAUGUCAUCUUUGGAAAUGAUUCUGGACAAUGCAUUAGAGAAGCUGUAUCAUUUUUGCCAUCUGAUCCAGUUGAUUUAUUGUUUCUACUUGGACAGAAAAGCUCCAAUGACUUGGAGCUUUCUUCUUGUCAGUCCGCUGUUUUGUUGUUACUAUAUGCAAGUUCAUUACAUGAUGAUAGGCUUGCUGAUGAGAAGAUGGUUUUAGCAUCUCUGGAACAGUAUAUUCUUGUCAGCAAAAGUGGCUUACUAUGUGGAUACCAUGACCCAUUUAUGGUCACACAAAUGGUGAAUAUAUAUGGGUUUUGUAGGUCUGUUGCUGAUGCUAGUCGCCACACUUCCUACAGUUCAGAAGCCGAGAGAAUAGUGUUCCAAUUGAUGACUGAAAGUGAAUGGGAUUUGCAUUCUUCAAGGAUUCACAAAUCAUCAUUAGUAUGGUUGUUUAAGCAAGAGAGAAUCAUAAACCCAUUAUGUUAUCAGGUUUUGAAAAUAUGCCAAAUCCUUGGCCCAAAUGGGACUGGUACCACCACCAUCCACAGUCAGUUUAUUGGUGCACAGGAAAUUGCCGAAUUAAUUGCCGAAGGAGAAAAUUAUGCGGGAAUCAUUCUAAUCCGCUUGCUGGAACAGUUGGUUGAGGAAGGUGUUGAACAUCAUAUCAUUUCGGUGGUGAAUUUUGUGUCAACUAUCGUGAAUAUCUUUCCAAGUUCUGCAGAUCAAUUACACGUGCAUGGCAUAGGAAAUGCAAUAAAGCUCAUCUUUUAUGAUACUAAAAAUUCAUACUCUAAACAGACAUUUAAAGCUGUCUUACUGUUGGUUUUCAGUGUUUUGAAAUCAGAGAAUUCUGGAAUGCUUUUCGACGAUGCAGCUUGGCUUGCGAUGACUGCGAAGCUGCUCGACUGGAUUUCUCCAACUGAUGUAACGGAUAGGUGGACUCCUGAAAAUCUGUUAGUUGUUGCUAUUUUAUCCUUGAUUCUGCAUCACUCAACGAAUGGAAGACUCAUUGAAGCUUCAAAAUCCGUACUUUUCCAUACUCCCGUGGCAUCUGCAAUCAAGUCUGUAUUGCAUGAAGCUUGCUCAAAAGGACCUGCUUUAAUUGAUGAUCAUGAGGGAACGAACAUGGGAAAAACUAUAAUUCUAGUCCUUUUCCUUGUUUACUUUUCAAUGAGAAGUCUUCAGGCUGUUCUGCCCGGGGCUGUCGAUUGGCAAAACAACCUUGGUCAAUCCAAUGGAACUCAGCUCUCUUUCAUUUGCAUUUCCUGCCAUGAUUUGUGUAGGCUCUUGCAUUUUGGAUCUACUUCGGUUAAACUCGUGGCUUCAUAUUGCCUAUUUGAGUUGUUCACUCAACUUUCAGAUCAGAGAAUUAGCAAACAGGAGGAGCUCAAAUGUACCCCAAAUUACCUUAUGUCAAUGAUUGCUACUUUGGAAGGCUUGGUUGUAUACGGUGACCACCGUGUUGCUACAAAUUGUAGCCUGUGUUUAUCAAUGGUUUUAGGAUGGAAAGAAAUGGAUAUGCAGGAGACGAGGGUGAUUGUAAAGAACAAGUGGUGUAGGAUUAUCGUUGAAGAAUUGGCAGCUUCCAUCUCUCGUCCAUGUUUGGCUUCAAAUGCAUUUGCUGAAAACAGACCUGUGAUUUACGUAGCAGUGGCAUUGUUGAAGUUGCAGAAGGAUUUUGGUUGGAUGCAAUCAAUAUUCAAUGAAGCAUGCAUUUCUGGAAUAAUUGAUAAUGUCACAACCGAUAAUUUGAGCCCGGAGAUGGUGUCUCUUUUCCGACAGCUAUUGAACUCCGGAUUCAUGCUGGCUGACCACACUUCCAACCUAAAUUUGGCUCUUCAGACUUGCAGGAAGCAUAUCUACUAUGAGAAUGAUGAGGCUACUCAAACAGAGAAAGAAAUUGGGAAUGGGUUUGCUAACGUGGAUGAUGAUCUGGGAGAAGUCUAUGAGUAUCUUAAUCACUUAAUUCAAUCAGAUUCACAUAAGAAUAAAAGAUUAUUGAAGGAAAUAGAGAUGUUUUUUAGGGCUUUAGCAGAGAAGGAUACCCGUUAAACUGUCGACUGCCCUUUUCGUAGGUUGAAGUGAAGUAAUAACCAUUAAAAGUUCACCAAAUUUACAACACAAAAACAAAUUAUGAACAUAUAUAUCUCUCCACUGUAAGGUUUUCAUGCAAAACUUGUCUCGGUUGUUGAUGGACGGUCAAAUCCCUUAAAAGAGUAAAAAAUUUUGAUAUAGAUAUAAGCUAGUUUAUCGGAAUUUCAGUCCAAUUACCCCUGCUUUUCAUAGACUAGAUCAGUGAGUUCUUCAUGAGUCCAAAUUUUAUUUUCUAUAUCCUUAGCUCCCAGAGAAGCGUAGACCUUUUUUGCAGUUUUUUAGGAAUUUCCCUUUUCCAAAUGGAGCUAAAACAAGCAAGUCCAUGUUCAUCUCCACAACUCUAGAAAGCAAGUCUAUACUUCUCCCUAACCACUCUAAACUUCCGAUUCCAUCAUAUCUUUUGACAUUUUCAUCUGAUAGAAUUCCAGUGAUUGCUAUAUCAGGUUUGGUGUCUUCUCAUAUUUUAGAGAACAGUGUUCUGAGCCGCUUAAAUUCUUUCAUUUUCAAAUAAGCUUGAAGUAAUAGUUUGCGUCAUAUUGAUAUCUUUCAACUCAUUGAUGAAAAACAUGGCAUUUUCACACACCUCUUGCACCAAAACCAUGGAUGAGAGAAUUGUAAGUGCCUAAAGAUGGACAAAGGCAUAUGCUUUUCAAAUCCUGAAAUGCUGAAACAGCAUUGUCCAUAAGACCAUCUUGAUGCAAAAGAAAUAUUACCUUCCCAUAAUUACUCUCAUUGAUCUGAGAUCCUUCUAUCUUCCACACACCAAAUAGCUGCACAAAGUUUCAAAAUUUCAUUGGUCAUGGGCACUAAAACACGCAAAAGAACAUAGAUCCAAUCCAAGCCCUUAUCUUAUCUUAAAAUGCUACCCAAUAAUCAACCCCUAUGGUAACCCCACAAGAGCCAUGAAGAAAUAGAUGAUUAUUUGAAAAAAGAAGUUUGAUAUCGUAUCAGAACCUUAUUUCUAUCAACUUUUCCUGGCAGAAGAAUAAUGCAAAGCCUCGUUAAAACAUAAUUUUGGAAUAUCAUAAUAGAAUUUAAGGUUUCUUCCAAAACACUGACAGUUGAAAGUAGAUUCUCAGUUUAUUCUAUCCUGGAACCGAACUGAAGAUGAGCACUAAACCAAUUCAACCAGUUAUGUACGUAUAUGGGAUUCUUAGGACUUUGUAUAGUGAAAUUUAGGUUACAAAUAUGAAGAUUUUUAAAAAUAGAAAAACAAGGGAAAUUAUUUACAUAAAAUAGUAAAAUUUAAUCUUAUUUGAUAGAGGUUGAUAGAAGUCAAUCAGUGUCUAUCAGUGAUAGAAACUAAUAGAAAUCUAUCAUUGAUACUAUGUGAUAGACACUGAUAGAAGUCUAUAAAUGUUUGUAAGUGUUUAUUUCUGUAAAUUGUUUGACAUUUUUUUGAUACGUGAUUUUUUUUUUUUUUUUUUUUAUAAAUAACACAUUUAAUUCUUAUAUAUAUAUAUAUAUUUU